UAUUGCAUAUAUAGAUAGCAUGGGUGGAGCCAAACAAAGGGCCAGUGUGUACCUAGGCUCCCCCUGAAAAUAAUUCCAUGCCUACACUAACACUACAUAUUCAUAAAAAUAGAGAAAAGAAAAAGAAACCCUAAAAAAGCCAGGAAUAUAAGGUGACGUAGGAGAUGUCGAACCAUGAGAUAAAAGAGGCAUCUAAUGUCAUUCACAAUAUCGCAUCAACCCUUCUUUUCUUCCUUCAAACACUAGACUGGUGUAGCAGUUGAUAGCCAUACUCCCUCCAUCAUCCAUAACCUUCGAUCCGCCAUGGAUGCACCACCUCCUGAUCAAGAACACAACACACCAACACCAACACCAACCUUAAAAUAUAAGACAUGGGUUCUCAAGGUUUCCAUCCACUGUGUUGGCUGCAAGCGAAAAGUCAAGAAAGUCCUCCAAAGCAUUGAAGGUGUAUAUACCACUGAUAUUGAUUCAAAGCAACACAAGGUUACAGUUGUUGGCAACGUUGAUGUGGAUACCCUUAUAAAGAAGCUGGUCAAGACUGGAAAGCAUGCAGAAAAGUGGCCGGAAAACCCCACCAAGAAAGAGAAGUCAGCUGCAGCCGGCAAGAAAGAGAGAGGGUCUGAAAGCAGUGGAAACAGCAGUGACGAAGAGACUAAUAAUCCUCCAACUGAUCAGAAUGGUAAUGAGCUUAAGAACACCCCAAAUAAAACCGGCGGUCCGUCGGUGAAGUUUGCUGGUGUACCGGAGAAUCAUCCGGUUCAGCCCAGUGAUGGAAUGAGUGGUGGUGGUGGCGGCGGCGGUGGUGGCGGCGGCGGCGGUGGUGGAGGAGGAGGGCAAAGUGGCAAAAAGAAGAAAAAGAAACGAAAAGGAAAACAGAGUUCCGGUGCAAAACCUCCCGGUGGACCGGCGGACACUGGAUUGGUAGCUCCAGAAGCGGGGAAUAAUCAAGUGGUUGAUCAAGUACAUCUAAGCCCUCCACGUGGCUACUCGUAUCCGAUGCCUGGUGGUCCAGCUUACGCUGUGUGUUACAAUGAAGCGCAUCCCAGCGGAAACGGUGGACCCGCCUACUAUAUUCCUCCGACGCCGUACACGUAUGAGUACACAGAGCGUGAUGAUGAUGAUGAUUUUGGAACGUUAUCUCGUCCGUCCGAUACGUUUGAGAUGCUUAGUGAUGAAAAUCCCUAUGGAUGCUAUAUCAUGUAA